UUUUUCAUUGCAUCGAUGUUUUUUGGACAAUUCUAAGCCAAACAGAAAUAAACAUUUAGAGUGGUAAUUGUGAGGAGUUUAAUUUUUUCCUAAUAACUAAUUCGUAUAAUGGUUUACAUACAUUUUCCAUCAAAUUUAACAGAGGAGGAGCAUAUGCUUCAAGCCAAAUAUCAAAAGCUGAAGAAAAAGAAAAAAGCAUUGCAGGCCCUGAAGGCUCCAAAACCGGAACCAGAGAAACCGCUUACGCUAAAACGCCCUACAGAUGCGCGCGAUGCUCGGGAGGUUGCCCGCAAACUUAUUAAAAGUGGUGCUAUUCCCGCAAUUCAAAAGCAGCAAACGAAGCAGGAUCAGACUUCUUUUAAACGCCCCAAGGGGCAAGAACGUGCGAAACGCGCACCAGAAGCAAGUGUUGCGGCUUAUCAACCAUUCUCCUCUACACAAAAUGACGUUGCACAAGAGACAAUCAUUAGUGAGAUAAUAAAAGAAGAACCGCGCAUACAGAAUCUCUAUCAGCAGUUUGCCACUGAACGCGAUCGCGAAGAACGAGGUCUGAAUGAUAAAAGCUCUUUGGACUCAACUCAGUCGGAGAAACCACGGGCUGGCAAUACUAUUUUUGUGUCAGGAAAUAAGGUAACGGAAGAAUUCUUGAAAAAAACCUUCAAUGACUAUGGCACAAUUGUUAACGUGUCAAUGGAAAUCGAAAAAUGUCGAGGGUUCGUGUCUUUUGCGAAAGCGGAGUCUGCUGAUCGCGCCAUUGCGGAAAUGCAUGGAAAAAGUGUUAACGGAAUCAAUUUGCAAGUACAACUGGCUCGACGACAACCACAGAUUGAGCCUAUUAACGAUGCUACGUCAUCGGCAGUGUGGUCGUCCAUUGCGGCUAGCACGUCACAGAAGGGCAGUCACAAAGACCGCCGCGAGAUGGUUCAGUAUGACGAGGACUUUUUACUGUAAGCCAGUUGUAAACAAGUCGUUUUCUAUAAAAAUAUAUAU